UCGCGGGGCAGAGGAGCCGCUCUCUGCUGUUAUGUCCUCUCAGUGCCUGUAGUGGUGCUGUAGGAGGCUGCGGGCUCUCUUCUUGAGCGGCCCCGGCAGCCCUGCCUUCUUCGCGGGAGCCUGUAUUCAGGGAUUCCCCUCCGUAAUCACCUCCCCGCGCCGCACUUUGUAGUUUGAAAAUAAUAAAGGAGCCCCCCAAAGCCGCCUCCCCGCCGCCCGCGGGAUCUCCUCAGAGCCAGGGGGGCAGCAGCGCCUCAGCGCAGCGCAGCGCCCGAGCCCCUUCCCCGUCCCUCCGCCGGGGAGGGCACUCCGAGCUGUCAGCCCAACAGAGGGAACGGGGGGAGACGAGAGGAGGAGGAGGAAAAAAAAAGCAGCUGGGAAGGGUCGCUGUGCCUUCCCUGCCAACUUCGUGACUUGUGGAGAGCCUCCCAGUUGCUGUCAUUGAUCGCUGGCGGGCUGAUGCGUGCGGCGUGUCUGGAGCUGACCCCAGAGCUGUGAGCGGGGCCCUCGUCUGAACUUCUCCUUGGUACUUCUGACUGAAUCCUCACUGAUAAUGAUGAUCACAAAGAGACAAUCUGCUUCAACUUGAUUCAUCGUCAUUCCAGGAUAGUGGUGUCCUUGGGGUCUCUCCUAAUAUUGAUAUGGUACAGAAGAUUUAAAAUCAGCUGAUGUUCACAAGGAAUAGAGUCACGUGAUGUAUGAAGGCAAACACAUACACUUCUCUGAGGUUGACAAUAAGCCCUUGUGCUCAUACAGCCCCAAACUGUGUAAGCAGAGGCGACUUAACGGCUACGCCUUCUGUAUCAGACACGUUCUGGAGGAUAAGACUGCCCCCUUCAAGCAAUGUGAAUAUGUGGCCAAGUAUAACAGCCAACGCUGCACCAAUCCCAUCCCCAAAUCUGAGGACCGUAGGUACUGCAACAGCCACCUACAGGUACUUGGCUUUAUACCUAAAAAGGAGAGGAAGAAAAAGAAUGAUCCAAUAGAAGAGGUGAAGGUCAGGCACCAGAUGGAUACUAUGGCCUUCAGUCUGACAGUGCCCACACUGGCCUUGAAGAUGCCCAAUGGACUGGAUGGGAUGUCCCUCUCUCCACCAGGGGCUAGGCUUCCUCUUCACUACCUGGAAGCAGAGUUGGACGACCCCUUUGCUUUCAAUGAGGAGGAUGAUGACCUAAAGAAAGGGGCAACGGUGAGGAAAAAGUUGCAGAGCAAGCUGGCCCAAAACCGGCAGCGCCAGAGAGAGACAGAGAUUUUAAAAAUUCGUCAAGAGCACUUUAGCCCCCUUCCUGCACCUUUGCAGCAGCAGCCUCUGCAGCAGCAGCAGCACUCCCAUCUGCCACCUUUGUCAGCUUCUUUAAAGCCUACAGGGCUACCGCAGGGCUUAGUCUGCAAGUCACCUCAACCUCAGAACACCAGCCUACCAAUGCAGGGAGUGGCACCCACCACACACACUAUAGCACAAGCAAGGCAGUUGUCUACCAAGAGACCUCUGCCUCUCCUGCCACCUGCUAGGGCUCCUGUCACGGACCCACCAAGGACUGAUCGGGUCCUAAUGAAAGCCACAGCCUUCUCUCCGCACUCGUUCUGCAUGAGCCGGCUACAGAGACUGGUGAAACUGUGCACUCGAAAACAGCAGCUGGACACUGAUCUGUUUCCCCAUCUAGGGUUAGACUGGUCUGAAGACAGUGGAGAAGAGUUGGAGGACUCAGAGCAAACUUCGCCAUACCGGGUUGCAUGGUCUAUCCGAGAAACUCUCAGAUAUGAAAAACAUGAGUCAGAUGAUGAUGAUGCAGAUAGCAGGAGUUCCAGGGUGACCCGACUUUGCACUUACUUUCAGCAGAAAUAUAAGCACCUCUGCCGCCUGGAGCGGGCAGAAUCUCGUCAGAAGAAAUGCCGGCAUACACUCCGGAAAGCCUUGCUGCAGGCGGCCAGCAGAGAGCCGGAUAGUGCUGGGCAGCUGAUACAUGAACUUCGGAGAGCUACGUGUACUCGGACCAGCACAAGCCAAGCCAAGCAGAGAGAUGCAGAACCAACAACAUGUAGUGGAACUGUGAAGGGUGAACAGUGCACUAACAAGGCCCUUCCAUUCACCAGGCAUUGUUUUCAACAUAUCCUAUUGAAUCGUUCUCAGCAGCUCUUCUCAAGUUGCACAGCCAAGUUUGCAGAUGGGCAACAGUGCUCUGUGCCAGUUUUUGACAUUACACAUCAGACACCUUUGUGUGAAGAACAUGCCAAAAAAAUGGACAAUUUUUUGAGAGGGGACAGCUCCCGCAAAGUUCAGCACCAGCAGCAGAGGAAACCCAGGAAAAAAACGAAGCCACCUGCACUUACCAAAAAACACAAAAAGAAGAGAAGGCGGGGACCACGUCGGCCCCAGAAACCCAUUCCUCCUGCAGUGCCCCAAGGGAACCUCAGCAUGCCCACCAGCGUCUCACUGCCAGUAGAGAUCUCUCACAUACGGAGCCCCUCCACACCAGAGUUGAGUACAGAUGAGCUGCCUGAUGACAUCGCCAAUGAAAUCACAGACAUUCCACAUGACUUGGAAUUGAAUCAGGAGGACUUCUCUGAUGUCCUACCACGGCUGCCUGAUGAUUUGCAAGAUUUUGAUUUCUUUGAAGGUAAAAAUGGAGACCUCCUUCCUACUACAGAGGAGGCAGAGGAACUGGAACGAGCCCUGCAGGCUGUAACUUCUCUUGAGUGCCUAAGUACUAUUGGAGUACUUACACAGACAGAUGGUGUGCCAGUUCAGGAGCUAUCAGAUAGAGGGAUAGGGGUGUUCUCCACAGGUGCUGGAGCUCCAGGAAUCCAGUCCUUGAGCCGAGAGGUUAACACGGACCUGGGGGAGCUGUUGAAUGGGCGCAUAGUACAUGAUAAUUUCUCCGGUCUGGAGCUGGAUGAAAACUUGCUCCGUUCUGCUACCUUGUCCAAUCCACCUACGCCCCUGGCAGGGCAGAUCCAGGGGCAAUUCUCUGCCCCAGCCAACGUCGGCCUUACUUCUGCCACUCUGAUAAGCCAGAGUGGACUUGGGGAGAGAGCCUUCCCAGGACAGUUUCAUGGACUUCAUGAUGGCAGCCAUGCCUCCCAGAGGCCACACCCUGCCCAGCUGCUGAGCAAGGCAGAUGACCUAAUCACCUCACGACAGCAAUACAGCAGUGACCAUUCACACUCCUCACCCCAUGGAAGCCAUUACGAUAGUGAGCAUGUGCCGUCUCCCUACAGCGACCAUAUCACAUCCCCCCAUACCACAUCCUAUUCUGGUGAUAACUUGGCAGCUACAUUCUCAGCAGAGAUGCCCAUUAUGGCACAGCACUUGCUCCCAACGCAGCUGGAUGUGCCACUUAGUGGGGUGGUGAACCCCAGAACUCACUGGGGAAAUCUCCCUGUCAAUCUUGGUGAUCCCUCUCCGUUUAGCAACCUUCUUGGUGCAGAUGGACACCUUCUUUCCACUUCCCUUUCCACACCACCUACCACCUCGCACUCAGAGACCACACAGCCUGCCUUCGCCACUGUGACCCCCAACAGCUCCAGUGUGCUUCCGGGGUUACCACAGACCAGUUUUAGUGGCAUGGGUCCUUCCUCUGCUGAACUAAUGGCCUCCACUUCCCCCAAACAGCAACUCCCUCAGUUCAGCGCCGCCUUUGGCCACCAGCUGAGCUCACACAGUGGCAUUCCCAAGGACCUGCAGCCCAGCCACAGCUCCAUAGCUCCUCCCACAGGCUUCACAGUAACAGGUGCCACAGCUACUAGUACCAAUAAUGCAUCUGCUCCCUUCACUUCCAACUGAGCUUGUCUGUCUGUAUAUUUGCAGGCAGAUGGGGACCCUGUGUUUUCUAUCUUCUUUCCUCUUUCUUGUCCUCCCCUUUUCCUUUUAAAGAUUUUUUUUUUUUAAAGAGGGUGUUAAAGCUCUGCUUCAGUCCUGACCAGGGUCACCCCUCAGUGAACCUUGCUCUAGUGUUCACAUGUGCUUUUAUGCACUGGUGCUCAUUUACUAUGGGCAGGUUCACCAUUGCCCAAUAAUUUCCUUAAGGAUACAGCACAGUUACUGGAUGUAAUUGAUCUUAGCAGUAAGACCUAGAAAUGGGAAGAUACCUCAGAUAACCAUUGCACGUUACUGUUUCCUAGGGUUCAGAUCAGUGCUUUCCAUCCCAUUAGCACAUCUAGGAAGUUUUCUGUGGGCAGAAGUCACUUUUUUUUUUAAGGUAGAACAUGGCAUGGAAAAUUGGCUCUGCACUUUGGUUUGAUAACGGUGCACUGAAGCACUACAUCAAGACCAUGGUUCAAUUAUUGACAACUUAAAAAUAGUUUUUUGACCUCCUCUGUGUGCGUGUGUGUGUCUGGGGGGAGCAGUAGUUCCUUUAAAUCUUUGAUGAAGAAGAUAAUUUUCUCCUAAAAUCAGUCACUGUUCCUACUGCAUUCUGAUUUCCCCUUCCCCUAUUUAAGUAUGUUGAGCAGAGAGGGGAUUGACUGACCAGGGCAAAUCAGCUUUGCCUGUUUUCCCACAGCACUGAGGAUUGUUGCUGUUUACAAAGUUGGCAUAGGGAGAGAACAGAGAAAAAUAGGAUGCAAAUAAUGAUGUAGUCAAGAUUCCCACGCAGAAAUUCCCUCCAUUGCUGAAUUACUGUGGCCUUGUAGUGUGGAUGGUUUGCCUUUUCAAAUAUGACUGUAUCCAGGAGUCCUUGCCUGGCAGGUAUCUCCUAGCUGAAACUGGAAGAAUCCUAUGGUAUAUGCUACCUAUUCAGACAAGUCUAGGUUAAACCCCUUUGGUAAGUUUAAAAUUGAUGAAUUUCUCACACUCUUUUGCUACUGAUACUCCUUCUAUAAUAGUAGUGGUUUUGUACUGGGAGCCAUACAGUUUUUGAGACAUUUGUGAGAUUGUUCUGUAUGGGGAGCCGAAUGUAUGUAGGUACUGGCUGGUGUGUGAAUGAUGAUCACCCCUAACCAAAAGACAACUUAAGCAAAAUAUGGAGAUAAUGUGGAUAGAAAGAAUUUCUUACUAUGUUGCUCUUCUUGCCUGUUUGCUAAAGAUCGUUUUUAGUCUUGCCUCUAAUAACUUGACCUCUUUAUAAAGAGAUGUGGUAGAUUCCUUUUAUAUCUUUUUCUUCCCUAAAGAAUUAAAAAAAUAAAAUCAUGAGGAGUUUACUUGUAUCCAUUAAUCAGAAAAAAAAAGCUUGUGACUUUAUAAGGGUCAAACAAUCUACUCUACUCUGUGACUUGGCUGACUGUAAAAACAACUGCUCAAUAGGUAUAAGAAGUCUCCACUGUUUGGUUUACUUCAAAGAUGCAUAUAAGAGAAGAUAGAAGAGGCAUAUCUUCCUUUCCUGUUGAAGACAGGUUUCAUUAUUUGUUACAAUGUAAGAUUUUUGGCUGCAUAUAGUCUAGUCUUAAUUUAUAUGAUAAAAAGAAACAUAGAACACAUCUAAUGGAGAGGAUUAAUAUUUUCUUCAAUCAGGGGAGCAUUGAAUCGAGCUCAUUAUUCCCUAGUGAUGUUGAAUAAUAUGUUUUCCCUCCAUUUGUGGACUCUAUUUUAUGUUAGCAAUCAGGCUCAAACCAAAAUCCCCUACCCAAACAGUCUCCUCCCAAACUUCCUAAGGACAAGGAUUGAAACCUAGCCUACCUCUGGUUUCUAUCCCAGUUAUAGCCAUUCCCUUCUUUUUGACAGCCUUGUCUUUUUUAUUAUUAUUUAUAAAGGAAUAAGGAUGAUGUGUACAUCCCUUGCUGAAACGCUAGUGGAGGGGAAAAUAUGUUUUUGCUUUUGACAUUAUGAAAUCCGUAUUUCCAUAUUUAGUAAAACAGGGCAUGAUAAUAUAUAAUACACCCUAAUAUUCUUAAGUGUGAUUUUAAAUAUGCUUGUAACAGAUGUGAAUGUUUUAAAAUCAUGUAAAAGGUUGAAAUGAAGCCUAAACAAUCCUGCUUGUGAUUGUCAUGCUGGUUGAGGAAUCCCCACUGGUAUUGUGAAAUGAAGCAAAGCUGACCGGAUUUUUUUUUCUGUAUUGUCUUUUUUGCGUGCUGCCCCCCAUACUACUGAGGAAACAGAUAUUUUGUUUGCAGAUGUUUCUCACUGUAUCAUAUACCUUCUUCAAUGUUUGGGAUUACUGGCUGAAAAAGAAGGGCGAACAAACAUGUAGAGGUCAGUUCUUAAAUCUGCCUAUAGUUAUUUUACAGCAUGUUAAAGUGAACCGAUUCAAGUGAUUAGUUCCAUGAAAUACUGUUUGUAAUUCAUCAAAAUUUGAUCUGGAACAGCAGCAGCCCUUCUUACUCCACUUUUUCAAACAGUGAAAAACAUGCUUAAAGGCCAGAUUCUCUUUUCAAUUUAUGAUGGUAGGCAUUGUGGAACAUUUUUUAGUCAAAUUUAGUUACUGUGGAUUUACACCAGUGUAACUUAGAACAGAGCCUGGCCUGUAACCCAAUAAUUUGUUUAGGCUGGUAUUUUCAAAACUGCCUAAAGAAAUUAAGAUUCAUAAUUUCUGUUUGAAAUCAGCCAGAAUUAUGUACCCAAAUUCCCUUAAGGCAGCUUAAAGAUCCCCUCCUUAAAUCUCAGUUUCAUGCAUCCCUUGGUGAUUUCUGCCUAAACAUCAACUGCAUAACAUUUUUCAGUGAGCGGAAUAAAUUUGCACUUUUUAAAUAUAGUUUUUCAUUUGCAUGUAUUAGAAUAGAGAUCCGUGUGCAUUUUUCCUGAAAUGGUCAAGAUUGUUGUUAGUUGCAGCUUCAGUUCAACUGAUUUAAAUGUAAUCAACUUUAGGACAUUGCAGUUUAGGAAGCAGUUAGGAUUUCAGUUUCUAAAUGUUCAGUGAGCUCUGUGCAAGUGAAUCUCAACUUCAACAGAGAGCCUGUUGAUUUCACUGGAGUUCUGUUCACCUAACAGGAUCACCACCCAAGUAAUGCUGAAAGCAGUAAGCUCAAGGACUGGGGGCUUAUGUAGCCAGACAUUUCAUUCCUGUCCCUCCAGGAAUUAAGAUUUUUCCACCUGAGGUUUCACAUGGCCUUUUAAUAUAGUUCCCCAACAGCAUUCAAGGAAAGUAUACCUUCUGUAAUACAGCAAUUAGCACAAAAUUCCUCUUUCACCAAAGAGUCCAUGUAGCAGUUCUAACCCUUUCAUUUUGAACACUUGAUAUUUAUAUGACACUUGUGCAGAAAACAAGUAGAAUAAAACUUGUGUAGCCCAAGGGUUAAUUUCUUUACGUAAAGUUCAGGUUUUAUAGAAUGAAAAAGAAUUUGGCACAGAACAAAAUGACUAUAAGCAAUAAUGUUAUUUCUGGUGGUAAUGUAAUAUCAGUUUGUCUUAGCACAGAAGCCUAAGCUUUGAAAGAAAUUACAGUCGUGACGCAAUUAGUUUUGCCAGGACAAUGUGUGGAGGCCAGUGAGGGAUCGCGCAAUGCCAGCCUGGUUUAUAAAGUAGUAUCAGUUAAUGUUCAUAUGACUUGCCUUUACCUUUUAAUUUAUUGAGCAAACAGCAGUGUCAUGAGCAGGCCUAGCUCCCAUUGGCAUUAAUGGGUGCUGCAUUUGUGUAUGGAUAAAGUCUGGAACUGAUUCAUUGCCUCUACUAGUUGCUGUAUUAUUAGAAGCAUCUCUAAAAAGUUGCAUCAUCUCAGCCCUCCCCUUUUGUCAUGAUGCUGUUUUGUUUCCCCUAUUGUGCUGAUUGCCUUAUUUCUUUACACAUCAGUACAACUUUUGCUAAUGUUUAAAUGUUAAAAUAUUUGUUCAGAAAAAACAAAUUGUUAUUCUGCUUAACCCGUUGAGUGAUGGACUAUACAAAAGAUAGGCUCCUUGGUGGCAUGCAGCAGGUUAAUGAAAUGAGGGAUUGUUUUCUUUGUAAUUCAUAGUUCUUAUUUCUAUGGUUGUUUCCUGAGAAGUUUAUACCUACUGGGAAAAAUAUUGGAGAUGAGAUUGGAAGUACAAAUGCAAGAGAAAUGUCUCUUCUGUUAUGAAUGAUUGAGAGCAGUGGGGGGAUCUUCUUUGUUUUAAAAAUAACAGUUUCACUGGGAGCUGCAUUGCCAACUGCAUGAUUUUCUUUUUCUAGCUGUCAUUCUCAGUGGCUGCGUCUGCAUGUGUGACGGACUAUGCAGUAACCACAGUUACUGCGCAGUAGCGUCCACACGGUUUUUCUCAGACACUACUGCUCAGUAGCAAUGAGCAACUGCACAGUAGCGUCGCAUCAUGGUUAGUGCCUGCCAACGCUACUGCACAAUAGCUCACUGCUACUGCACAGUAGUGUCUUGUGUAGACGCACCCAGAGUGAUCCCAGUGUUUAGAAAUCAAGUCUGAUUCUCAGCAGGGGGUCAGUAAGUCAUCUUGGUUGGCUCUGGUAGAACUGCACCAACUUACCUGAGGAUCUGCUCCGUACAAUGUACUCAGGAACUCAGAACAGAACUUAAUUUCUAACAGUUUUCUCUGACCCCCUCCCACAUCCGAUUCGGCUUUGAUUUUCUUUGCUGGGAAGAAAGAACUUCAUGAAGGAGGAUGAAAAUGAAUUAUUUUGAAGGGGCAUCUUCACUACAGAGUUAGUUCAAGCAAUGGACAUGUAGGUCAUCUUAACCCAACUGUCAUCAGCCGUACUGCAAAGCCCUAUCCGAGUUACAGCGUCAUCACGGGUGUUAGGCUCUUCCAGUUGUGUCAUUAGAACUUCUGGGCCAAUUCUCAUAGUGCUGUGUGCUAGAAUAGGUUGAGCUCUUUUCUAGUGAAAUUUUUUGAGCUUUUGGGCACUUGAGGAGGGUAUAUGGGAAGAUAUUGAAGGACUGUCAGGCUCUAAUCCACCCCCUUAGUCAGUUGGCCAGGGUUAAAAGUCUGAAUAAUUUCUUGUGUAUGCAGACAGGAAAGAGGUUAGGGGCAACACCUAAUUAAGAGUCCAGACUAAGCUUGCAGUGAAGACAUACUCUUGAGAUAGGCAAAGGAGUAUCCUUAGGUACGGUUUUCUUCCAAAGGUGUUGCUUGAAUCAGAGGGUUUCUUCUAUUUUUUGCUUGCUUUUUUGCCUUUUAACACAGUUUUGUGUUGGAGAUUCAUAAUAAAAGUUUGGAGCCUAGAGCUAUGGUGCAAUAGAUGAGAAUAUUGAGUAAAAUGAUAUCUCAUGGCAUAUUGUGAAGUAGCUGCUGAGAAUACUGUGUAGGUUUUGUCACCAGGAGGGGAGAGAAAAUGUGCAUGCUCAAGAAAGUUAAAUGAGCAUUUUUCUUCCCAGAAGUUUCUUGUAUUUUAAAGUAAGUUAUUGGUAGAAAAUCGCCUAGAAAACUUCUUUGUAUCUUUUUUGUUAAGGAAAAAGUGUCAUAAAUACCCACAGCAGGAGUCCUAUGAAAGUUAGGGGUGGAUACAAUGAUGGAAAAGCCUUCCUACUUAACAGAAUUAAACCAAAUCUUUUAGAGUGGAUUCAUGAAGGUAUUUAGUUCUAGCAAAAAUUUUAAAAAAACAAAACAAACCCUAGUAAAAUGAGGCAAAUAUACUGUUUAAGUGUACUAAUAUUUUGGGGUAGAAUGAGGCUUCCCAUUGACAAAGGAAAGCAAAUUACAGCAACAGGAGAUGACAAGUUUUUUUAGCCAUUGGGGGCUGCAUUUCUAGGUGGAAGAAUAAUUGCUGAGUUUGGAGACUUAGUAUCUAAGCAAACCUAAAAAAUGUUCCUAUAUUUGAUUGUCAUAUUGCAGGUUGGAAUUUUUUGCUUUUUCCCCCCUAUUUUAUUCUGGUUUCACAUGUUCUGCUUUUCUUGCCAUCGUGUAAUGAGGCUAUGUAGUGGAAGUGCAGAAGAAGGAAACAGGCUUUGCAUUGCAGUAUGGAGACAGCAUUUGGAAAAAUUACCUUGUCAUUCUUUUCCCUUCACUCCCCACUUCUUUAGAUAACCUGAAGUGCACGUGUUCAUCUUCCCUGGCUCGUAGAAUUCACUUUGAAAAUUAAUAGUAUAAAAUCUAGGCUUUCGAUUUUACAACUAUACAUUCAGUGUAUGGUGGUACAUUCUUUAUUUCCUCCCCCGCCCCCCUCCCCCCCCCCCAUAGCCCUCCACAACAUAUACAUACCACAUACAUACACACGCACACAGCAUAUGGGUAUGAAUUGAAUACACAUGUUGAACUUGGUCUAGUAAUGGUAAUAUUUUGCCCACCUUCAGGUUUUUUUUAAGCCAGUGCUCACUGAAGUAAACUCCAGCUAGGCAGUAUUCCUAAACCUCUCCCUGAAAACUAAUUGUGGUGCAGAUUGCUUUAAUGCAACUCAUUGCUACACUAUUGUAUCUACUUUGGAGCAGACUGAUUUACCCUGAAAUGACUCUCUAACCUGCAUCUUAAAGUAUAGUUGGUUCCAGUGGAAAUAGAUCCAUGCCGAACUGAUGGGCAGUUUGGUUCUCAUAUAAAGAAUCUACAUCUAUUUAGAAGGGGUUGAACCAGUUUCUCUGAACAGUGAUUUAUUUUCACUGUACAGUUUUGGGUAUGUCUCAGGGAUUCCUUGCGGAAAUAAGGGCAGUUAACAUAAAAAGUAAAUAGUUUUAAAAGUAAAUAAUAAUUUAAGGUAGAGCGUCAUCUAUGUGAGAGCGCAAAAAAGAGAAAUCUUGUUCAGUUUUAUAGUCCACAGUGUCUGGCUUAGGGACUCUUUCUCUUCUCGGGGCUCUCAUCUCAAGUUCAACAUACAGAAUCUUUUUUCAUCACGCUCAGCUUUAAACUUUUAUUUAAAGAUACCCUUCCCCAAUGAGCUUUCAGAAUACUUAUUGUAGAUUUUAAGAGAAAUGGUAUAUUAAUUUAUGCUAUUAACAUCACCUCAUAAAUUAUAAGUUUUAUACUAAAGCUGUAUUGAGUGUAAUGAAUUAUGUUGCAUAUGUGUUUUUAAUAGCUAUAAAAUUAUAUACAAGCUUUUUUGGAGAAACAAAAACUAGUGAAGCACCUUUUUACACUGGAUCUUUGCCGUGUCAAGGUGUACAGCUAUUCUUUGCUACCUUGCAGAUAUAUAUAUAUAUAUAUAUAUAUAUAUAUAUAUAUAUAUAUAUAUAUAUAUAUAUAUAUAUAUAUAUAUAAAAAUAAAAUGGUAUCCUGUAUCAACAAAACAUAGACUCUUUUUACCCCUUAUAUUACUGCUCCUGUAACUUUUUUUUUAAUAUUACAUUCUGCAAUAAUUUAUCUGUGGUUUGUACCUAUGAUGGUUAGAAGUUUAGUUACAGGGUAAAUAGAUCAAAUUAAAAAUCCAACUACUGUAGCUGGAAGUUGUAAGCCAAGUCUGUAAGACUUUUUUUUAAUGUAUUUAUUCCAGUUAGCUCUGUGAGUUGGAAUUUGAAAAGACAGAACAUUAAAUCUAGGAAUCCACAGUGUCUUAUUCAGGAACUUUUCCCCUCCUUUCCUCACAAAGGAAUUCCCACUGUGACUUAUAUAUAGAAUUAGACUGCUUGUGUGCAUGUAUGUAUUAUAUACACACACAAAAAAAUAUGCAUUGGGGGGGAUGUAUGUGUGACAUGAAUGUGUAUAUUGUAUGUAGGUCAUAGUUUUUGUAAAGAGAAACGUAGUUGAGAGGUGACGGAAUGUAUUGUAGAAAUGUGAAUAUUUAGUAGGGGGUUAUUAUGUCCUCACUAUUGUAUAAAUAACCAAACUCUCUACUACAUAGUCUUCUGUUAUAAGGCUAACUCUGAUAUCAUGUUGAUUUUAUUCUUUUUGAUUGAAUUGCAUUGAGCCCUGUUAAAAUGUCAUGAAAAUACCAGGCUCCCAAGACAGCCUUUUUUUAAAUGUUUGGGAAGUAGAGGGGAAGAUGUAGGAGUGGUAUUCUUAAAGAAAAUUUGAAAUGGAAGAUAUAUAUUUGGUGGCAUGGGUAUAUAUGGGAAUUACUGUACCUUUAUGAUAAUAUUCUGAUUUAGAAAAUGUUGCCAAUCAGUUGUACUUGUGUCUUCAGAUUCAAAAGAUUUGUGAUAGGUGAUGUUUAUGAACUGAUCUCCAUUCUCUUAAAGGGUUUUGUUCUAAAGUAGUCUGCUUUUUUUUCCUAAAGAGGUCCACAUGUGUCGUUUUCACCCUAUGACAUUGCUAUUGGAGAGCUUCAAUUUAUACAAAACAAAUUCUAUUUUAAAUCCUGGGAGUUUCACUUGUGCUGUAAAAUCCUAAAAAUAAAUUAUGGCCAUUUUUUUUCAUCAUUUGAGAGAAAUUUUACCUCUACGAGAGUUCUUAGCUGAGAUGCAGGAAAAACCAUAACAUUCCUACUUACGCUCUUCCUCAUCCUAGUAGUCAUCAUUACACUAUCCAGGCUGAAAAGAAUAAAAUCGUAAGUGUGUGUUCUGUUGCUAUUACUUUGCAUCAUGAAAACCCUGUAACUUGGAAGCUCUGUUUUAAUAACAGGUUUUUAAUGUUGCAAAGAUCUUUUCAUUCGUUUUUCCAAAACUUUUAAAAAGAGAAAAGCAGUUGUAAACCAAAUCUAAUUCUAUUGAACUAGUUUUUCUACAUUUUCCAGCCUUUCCCACAUGGUUUGUUUUUUCUUCUUCCUGCACAUAUGCAAGUAAAAUGGUAGGGAGGUGGAAAUUGUUUGAGGCCUUUUCCUGUCAUUACCUAAUGGUAAUGGGAAUUAUCAGUGUAAAUAGCAUAAACACUUUAUGAAUUUUUGGGAAAGAACAGACCCAUUUUGUGUAUACCUGUACAGAAAGAUGCAUAUGAAUGUGGACUUGCCCUACUAUUGUACAACAAAUACAUAUAAAAGUAACAGAUCUAAAUCUGUAUAUACGUGUGUAGAUAUGCAUAUGCAAUAGACUGUACAUACAUAUCACACACGUACACUCUAUAUAAUAUGUAUGUGUGUGUGAGAGAGAUCACAAAAUGUGUGUAAAAGGUAACAGCCUUGUCUGACACUGUUGCUUCUAGUUCCUUUGAGGGAUUUGGAUGAUCUCAGUUGCUGUGAUUUGAGUCCUAUCAUCAUUGGUCUUCUAUCUGAACCCUCAAAAUGGAAUUUCCUUCAGACAUUUUUGCUUACAUUUAUGCUAUGUUAAUACUCUGUGAGGCCUCUGCCAAUACCCACCUCUUCUGCAGCUCUGUUCCAUUACCUUCACCUCAAUUACUCUCCUGCCCCAACAUUGCAAAAUCUAACUUUCUAUCAGUUUCAUUGUUUUAGGGUCCGAUUCAGCCCUCCUUCAACUCGAUAAAAAUAUUCCUUUUGACUGCAGCAGCAGCAGCUGAAUCAUACCCUGGUUGGUCACUCUCAGCUGUCCUGAUCGUUUGUUUAAAUGCAGAACUUUCCACAUUUUCAACAGCAUGUGAUUUAUGUCUCUGACCAUUUUUUAUUCUUCAUUCUGAACAUAAAAAAAAAAGAUAUACAAGCUGCUAUCUGAAAAGUUAACCUAACCACAUGGUUAGAAUUAACAAUAUGCAUUUAUAAGACAAAAAUAGGUUUUUUAAAAAAAAUCAAUCCUUUUGUUUCUCUUUCCUGAUAAGGGAAGAUUCGUAUUUUGUUUCCCAUAAUGAAUCCAGAAAGGCCUAAAGCCACAAAGAGACUGCAGCCUAAUGUUCUUUUCCAUGUUAGUGAAUACAUCAGAUGUAUCAAAAGAAAUACAGCUCUCUUCUACCUUCAACAGAUUAAAAAAAUAAAAGUAACUUUAUGGUUAGCCAUUAAAAUGGUUAAAUCAGUUAUCUUGCAUCUAUUCAUAUAUUUAAAUUAUUUGACUUAUUCAGGCAGCUCUUGUAUUUCUUUUUUAUUAAAUAUUUUAAUUCAUUUCUGGUUAACUAGAGAUUCCAUAACCUUUUAGACCAUAAUAACAGUUACAAGCCAGCUUGGUCACAUUUGGAGCGCUGUUGCAACCCAUGGUUUACUGUACUUCAGUUUUGAUGGAGGAGAAUAUUCUAAUUCUGUCAUUGAGUCUAAUUACUUCUAAUAUUAAUGUGGCAUUAUUUUGUCACAAUUCAUCUCUGGAAUGUUGUCUUCCCUGCAGUUCUAUAGGGUAAUAUAACCUAUGUAAUGUUCUAGCUAAGCUUUCAUGCACUCAUACAUGAAGAGUUCUAUAUUACAUAUGUUGGGGCCUGUGUAUGGGUGUGAUGUCUGUGUACUGUGUGUGUAUUUAUGUACACGCAUAUAUAUUACACACAGUAUUUCAAUUUAUGUAAAUGUGGAGAACCAACACAUUGGUUCUGUCCUGAUAUAUACUCAUGCAUAUGUGUAUUAAAUAUGUACAUAGAGUGUAGAUAUCCUGCAUAUACACAUGUAUAUGUGUGUAUCUUGGUUGGCAAUUUUUUUACAUUUAUCAAAAUGCUGUCCCUUCUGGAAUAUUUUCACUGAAAUUGCAUUAUAUGUAAUAAAUGAAAAAAGUAGUUCAUCAAAAUUUUAUUUAAAAAAGGAGACUCUUAAUUAUCUAAAGAUAUUUGUAAUUGUCUUUUAUCUGGAAAGGUGAGUGUUACAAAACUGCCAUUCAUUAUAUGGGCAUAAGAAAGAGAUGGAAAUACCAGUUUCUACAUGCUUAUUUCUAUUUGAAUUUUCUAAAGUUAAGGCUGUAAUGAGGUUUUUUCAUUUUUAACCAAUUAUAAAAUGUGUGUGUUCCUUAAAAUGUUUCAAUCCAUAUUUUUCGUUGACCAAUAUUUUUUUUCCUUUCCACAUUCAAUAAUGCUGAUUUCACUAAGGAGACUAAUAUUCUCCUGCCUCUGCAGGGAAAAUGUCAGCUCAUUAUUAUUGUGUCACACUUAACUUACCUUGUAGAGGGUGAAUUUCCAUAAACAAGCUUUUAAUUUAUUUAAUACGAAAGACCAUCACUAGGACUUUUUUUUCAAAGAAUUUCUGCAAUUGUUUUUUCGCCUUUUCAUUUUCCCCCCAACCAAUACAUCUGUAUGCAGGUGGGGAGAUAUGAAUGACAACUAAAAUGCUGUUGCUUUGAACAAUUAGUAGUAAGUCUCUUUGUUUAGAUGUGAUAGAAAAGAAGGCAAAUGGACAAUCUGAAAUGUUUGAAUGGAACAAUGCACUCUCUUUAAGGCUGUCCAAUAGAAGUUGGUGUUUGUGUCAUUUUAAAGGUAGCUUGAUCACAGCCUGAUAUCAGAAACAGCCUUGUAACAAAGAGCCUCAUAACAACAGUUGGCCACUAGAGUUAAAAAUGUAAACAAGUUGCAGUGGGAAAGCAAAGGUGAGGCAGUGCAUACUGAAACCAGUGAAUCACGGCUUGCAAACAUAACUGAUUUUGAAGUAACUGCAUGGUAGCAAGGAUUAGCAGUCUCUGUACCCCUUUCAUUGUUCCCUUUUACCCCAACAAACAGAUGUGUUCAACACGCCAUACAUUGGGAAAAUAAACAAUUUACAUUAAAAAAAAAUCAUUAAUGACUGCUUAAAGGGAACAUACAAACCUGCACUGCCACAUCCUGUAUCAUGGUAUUAGCUAUAAGACUAGCUAGUAUGCGCAAAAAGCCCAGUCCAGUUUGCUUCUGCACAUAGAUUGCUUUUAAAGAAUGUGGUGAAUGGGGAAGAACAGUCAUUUCAUAUUCAGUCCCUAGCAUCUGUAGAAACUCACACUAAUGCUGAGGCACUUGAGAACUGCAUUCCAAGGGUGGGUAGCAAGGUUGGUGUUUGUACUUUCCCUUUAAAUAGGAAGAGUUGGCUCACAUGUUCCUCAUACUUCUCAAUGAAUGUACUGUAUUACCAUUUUAAAAUCAAUGAAAUGAUAAUAGAUUGGUCUCCUUUUGUUAUCUGGUCCUUGUUUAAUUUGUUUAAGGGUUUUUGUAUACAAAAGUUUACAUUUUUAUGUAUAUUUUUCUUGUGUAAAAACUGAUGUAAUAUGUGUAUAAAACACUGUAUGUAUUAUCUGUAUAUAGUGUGACAAAAUGAUUUCUUUCUUUCUUUUGGAUGUAUUAAUAAAUCUUGCUGUGAAGUA